AUGCCUGAGCCAGUCUCCGUCUUGUUUGUCUGCCUAGGCAACAUAUGCCGGUCCACGAUGGCUGAAGGUGUCUUCCAAAACCUGGCCAAACAGCCGCAGUAUAAAGGCAGAAUUGGCAAGAUUGACUCCUGCGGAACCGCUGCGUAUCACACGGGCGAGGAACCGGAUUCCCGAACGCUUUCCGCCUUGGAGGAUAACGGCAUCACAGGUUACGCCCACUCCGCCCGACGGUUCAAGACGAGCGAGUUUGAGACGUUUGACUACAUCUUCGCCAUGGACCGUUCCAACCUGUCGGACCUGCAGCGUCUGCACCGGGGCAACCCGGACACAAAGGCCAAGGUGAUGCUGUUUGGCGAGUACAGCGGCACCGGGACGGCCGAGGUGGUGGAUGAUCCGUACUAUGGCGGCCGAGACGGGUUCGAGAGGGCGUUUGAGCAGUGCAGCAGGUUCUCGAGGAACUUUCUGCAAGAGAUUACGGGAGAAUAA